UCCGCGUUUUCCAUUUGCACACCUUCAAAACAACGUUUAAGAUCCCGAAACAUUCGAGAAGCUUUUACUAUGGCGAGUUGAUUAACACGGCGAAAACAUUAGAGGUCAUGUUUUGCUAUAAAAAUUGAUGUAAAAUCAUCUGAGAGACUGCAUAUUCCUAAAACAACACAAUUUGCUACGUUGUAACUGCAUUUUUCUGUUUGAUGUAUGAUAUCCGCCGUCCGCGCACGUCUGAAUGUCAACAGGUUGUACAGCGUCACUUCUGCUAUACAUGGGAUCAGACGCUUCAGUUGCUGUGAACACAUAGAUCUGUGAUGGCCAAUACUGAUUUUCAUUUGCAGUUUCAAGAAUUUGAAGAUGGUCAAGGAUUCACAGAAAAUAAUCAAGGUGCCACAACAGUGACCAUCGAUGACCCCAUCAAAUCUCGAGAACAACGAAAAGCUACUGGAACUGCUUUUGAUGAAGAGGACAGUGAUGACAAAACUGAGCUUCUGUCAGGCCAAAAAAAGAGUGCGCCCUUCUGGACGUUUGAGUACUACCAAACAUUAUUUGACGUGGACAGUCAUCAGGUAAAGAACAGAAUAGUUGGUUCUAUGCUGCCUUGGCCUGGGAAAAACUUUGCUGAGGUCUAUUUACGGAGUAAACCUGACCUGUAUGACAUGUUUCUUCAGUACAUAUGAGAUGGAUUCAUCAAAGGUUCACAAUGAGCCAUUGACAGCGACCAACACUUCAUCCACAAAGUUCAGUGAGGUGGCACUCUCUCACGUGCUUUGACUGCUGCACUGUUUUAAUAAUGAUGAAAUGGCAUAGAAAUGCCAGCACUUUUAGAUGAGCCAAGUGUCAUUUGAUUGUAGUUGCUGAUGGGAAAAUAAGACAUUUGCAUUUGAUGAGAUGUUAACAUGAGACAAGACUUCCUGUACAUAAUCUGUGCUCCUCGAGAGACUGUUAUUCUUCUGUAAUUGCAGCUUCUCCUCUUGCCUUAUUAGAGAGAAUCAGGUAUCUUGAUAAUGAGAUUGUGGGCUGUCUGGAUUUCUUCAUCUUAUAGUCUGUGAAGGUAAAGCCUUUAUUUUGGUAUGUUUAUGAAUAUAGGUGAGCAGCGAAACCUCGAGAUAAUCAUCGACAACAUGUUUGAUGUUUUCUGAUUUGAGGUUCAGACACAUGUUACUGUUACAAAGUAGAGGACAUGUAUAUACUGUGUAGCUGUGCUUUAAAUAUUCAUUUGAUAAUUGAGCUUGAGAUGGUUUUCAAAGGGUCACUCUCCUGUUUCUACCACUUUGGAAAUGUCUACAUGUACAUAAAAUGUUUUAACACUUUAUAAAAUUACAGUGCCAGCAGAAAAAAGGGAUGGGAAAAAUAAAAUAAAAUAGUUUGUUGAAUUGCACAUACACACAGAAACUGAUUACAUUUUUCAAUUUGAAUAAAGUUGGAAAUCAAAGCUAGAGUUUAAUGAAAUAUUUGACAAAUUUUCAGUUCUCUGUGG